AUGCUUGAAUUUUGCGAUGCAGAAGUUUUACGAUUCAUCAAAUUCUCAUUAUACGAAACCGUCUACAUUACUCAAACUAAUAUUAUUGAAGCAUUCUGGUAUUGUACCAUCGAUCACGGAAAAGAUCUCGAUUCGUACUCCUUCUUGAAACUAUUCCAAAAACUUGAUGAACCUUUGGAUUCACUUCCUGUAGUUGUAGAAGCAUUUCUCAAUGAACCUCUAGCAUUUCCAACGUAUCCUGUAUCUUUUCAAGAAAUUUUGAAUUCAUCGAAAUUGGUUGAAACAGUGGAUUGUUUGAAGCAGCAGAAGCUCAAAUUCAAUGAAUUGAGGAAUAUUGCUUAUUUUGUUGGAAAUUUAACGAAAUUUCCGAAUUCAAGCAUCACCAACGAAUCGAUAAGUUUUCUAGAACAUACAAUUAAGGUUCAAAAUGCUUUGAAGACGGUUAAAACAAAAAUGAUGUAUGCAACAGGAAAUCGAACAAAACGAGAUGCUUCUAAUUCUUCAACAAACCCAGUUUUGACUUUAAAAAACCCAAGGCUACAUUCUGAAAAUAUGGGAAUAUGUUCUCUUGCUCUUUGGAAUCUUGUGAAAGUGCUAGAGCUAAAAACACCUCUUCUGAAAAUUGGAGAAUUCAAUGAAAAAGUGAAAACUUCGAUGACAGGCUAUCCUGGUCUUACGAAUUAUAUUCAUGCCAAGGGUCUGAUUCAAGACUUUCUGGACCAAGCGGAAGGAAUUGAAAAAGAAGCCAAACAACUGAAAGACACGGAUCCUUUAAAGAUGGCUACAGUUUUUGCGAAGAUGGCGAACCUCAAAGGAGUCCCCGGUGAUAGGUAA